AUUCCCCUGCAGUAAGACCAUGAACCGGCCUCUAAAGUGCACAGUGUGGGACUGGGACUCCAAUGGGAAGCACGACUAUAUUGGUGAAUAUCAGGCCACAUUCAAAGAGAUGAGAGGGGCAAUGGAUGGGAGACAGGUCCAAUGGGAGUGUAUAAACCCCAAGUAUCAGAUCAAGAAGAAGAAUUACAAGAACUCUGGUAUCGUCAUUCUCAAUCAGUGCAAGAUCAUCAAGAUGCACUCCUUCCUGGAUUACAUCAUGGGAGGCUGUCAGAUCCAGUUUACAGUAGCUAUUGAUUUCACCGCCUCGAACGGGGAUUCCUCAAACACAGCUGCUCCUACACUACAUCCACCCAUACCAGCCUAACGAGUACCAUCAAUAGCUCUGGUCGCUGUCGGGGAGAUC